AUGUUUCAUAGUGAAACUCUGCAAGAACAUAUUCUUUAUGAUAAAAUUUAUCAAUACCUUUGGGUAAAAUCUGAAACUUCGAAUCCUCCUUCUAUAUUGAUACCUGAAACAGUAAUAUUAAUACGAUCUAUGCCUAUUUAUUGGUAUUUUACAGACAAAGCAUCAGGAGAAGUAAAGAGAAAAAUGCAUAAAAAUGUAAGCAAAGAGAACAUUAAAGAGAGUUGGUUGAAUUCUGUUGGGAAAUCAGGAGUUGUUGGCUAUUUAUUACAUUUUAUGUAAAUAAAUUAAGUAUUUGAAGAGAAAAUUUAGAUCUAAACUACCCAAAUGAAAAAUUAAAAGUUAGUGGAUAAAUAUAGAUUAUUUACUUUGAUAAAGAGGGAUUUAUAAAAUUUAUGGAUUCAAAUGUAUAGUUUCCAUUUGGAAUAUUACAAAAGUACGUUGAAUCUGCAGAUGAUAAAAAUUGUAAUUAUAAACAUUUAUUAAAGCAUAAAUAUAGGCUUUUUGGAGUAAAUAGAUUACAUUAUUUACUAAGAGAACAACCAAAAAGAGUUAUCUUAAUAAAUCAAUGAAUAUUUAUGAAAGACUUUGCACUUUUGAAGGGCCAGAUUAUUUAAGUGAAGCAAGUAAUUUAAUAAAUUUGAAAUUAUAGCUUAAGUUAAAGAUUUUUAAUCACAAAGGAUAUCAGAAUAAAUAUAAAAAAUGAUUAAUCAUUUAGAUUCUAUAUCAUUUGGAAAAUUAAAUAUCAAUUAAGGGAUAUUCUAUUUCAAAGUUGAUAGAGAAGCAAAAUGUUGGUUUUUGUUUUGUGGUAAUCUUAAAUUUGAAGGUGAAAAACAUUUAAAGGAUUGUCCAAAAGAUCUUUAUUCUUAAGCAUAAAUAAAAAUACCUAAAUCCAUAGAUGGAAUUAUGUCAGUUUAUAGUUAGAAACCAUAAUAAUUAAAUAAAGAAUCAAAAUGUAUUAAAUGUGGAAUAAUUGAAAAAGAAAAUAAUUUUAUUAUGAUACCUUAUCAUUACAUUUUAGAAAAUGAUUAAAAUACAAUAACACCUUAAAAUUGGCCAAAUGAAAUUAAAAAUGGAGCUACAAAAAUAAAAUUAGUAAAUACAAACUCUGAUUCAUCUGAUCUAUUAAAUACUAUAUCUAAAGUUCCUUUAGUAUUUUAAAAAAUACAUGAAAAAUUAAAUUAUUAAAGUUUUGAUUAAUAUAAAAAUAAUGAUGGAUUUUUACAUAAGACUUUAUAGGUUUGCUUAAAUUGUUACAUUAUUUUAGGUAUUAAUUUAAAAUAAAUAUUAAGUGGCAAUAUAAGAGAAGAAAUAAAAAGAUUGUGUAAUUAAUAGUAUUAGUCCACAAAUGAAAAUUAAGAAAUCAUUAGGUGGAUUUACAAGUGCAAAAUCACUUUAAUAAUAUUUAAGACCUGAUAUUAAAGAAAAAAUAUAUACUUAAGUUUCAGAUACUUGUAGGAAAUAUAAGAAUAUUAAAAUACGUCCUGUUUAAUAGUAUGUUUAAAAAAGAUUGUAAAGUUUAAGUCCAACAUAAAAAAGUUCUAUGGAUUUUCCUUCAUCUCCUGAUCUUCUAUCUUAUCAUACUAAAUCCUCAACAUAUGAAUUAGGAAAUAAUAAUAGAAAACUUAGAAAUUGUUAUAAUCAAUCUCUAUAAGUGAAAUUGAAUAACUUGAAUAUAUGA